AUGCUUCCCCCAGAUGAUAACCUCUCUGGCACCAGCGGGAUGGAGGUGGACGACCGCAUCUCCUACCUGGAACAGCGGCUCCAGCUGCAAGAAGACGAGAUCCAGGUGCUGAAGGCGGCCCUGGCGGACGUCCUCCGGCGCCUGAGCACCUGCGAGGAGAAUGGGUUCAGCCUGCAGAAGAGAGGACCCAACAAAGUCUACCAGUUGCUGAGGGGGCUGCCCUCCAGGCCCAGCUUGAGCAAUGGGAUCGGGCCCCAGAGACGAGGCUACUCCACGUCCCCGUCGUCCCCCAAGAGAGAGCUGCUUCCUGGGAAAAGCAAACCUAAGGAAGCGUCCUUCAAUGCUGACGAUGGUUACGUGAAGAUGUUCUUACGGGGCCGGCCCAUCCCGAUGUUUGUUCCCAACGCCGUCGUUGCCACCUACAGCCUCGAUGCCAAGCUGGACCUGCCCCAUAAGAAGCUAAAGCUGGACUGGGUCUAUGGGUAUCGGGGCCGCGACUGCCGGGCCAACCUUUUCCUGCUCCCCACAGGGGAGAUUGUGUACUUUGUGGCCGCUGUGGCCGUCCUGUACAACGUGGAAGAACAGCGCCAGCGUCACUACCUGGGCCACACGGACGACAUCAAGUGCCUGGCUGUGCAUCCUGAUAUGGUAACCAUAGCAACUGGACAGGUGGCCGGGACUUCUAAAGACGGAAAGCCACUGCCUCCCCACGUUCGAGUCUGGGAUUCUGUGAGCCUGAACACGCUUCACGUCCUGGGGCCGGGGCCCUUUGACCGAGCCAUCAGCUGUGUGGGAUUCUCCAAAUCUAAUGGAGGAGGCCUUCUGUGCGCGGUCGAUGAUUCCAACGACCACGUCUUGUCCAUCUGGGACUGGCAGAAGGAGCAGAAGCUGGCCGAUGUUAAGUGCUCCAAUGAGUCUGUGCUGGCUGCCACCUUCCACCCGACGGAGCCCACGCUGCUGAUCACUUGCGGGAAGUCCCACAUCCACUUUUGGACGCUGGAAGGAGGAAGUCUGAGCAAGAGGCAGGGCAUUUUUGAGAAACACGAGAAGCCCAAGUACGUCCUGUGCGUGGCUUUCACAGAGAACGGAGACACGGUGACCGGCGAUUCUGGGGGGAACCUGUACAUCUGGGGGAAAGGGGGGAAUCGGAUUUGCCACUCUGUGCCCGGCGCCCAUGAAGGUGGCAUCUUUGGCUUGUGCGUGCUGCGGAAUGGAACCAUCGUCACGGGAGGUGGCAGGGACCGGAGGGUGGUGCUUUGGGGACGGGACUACCAGAAGUUGCAGGAGAAUGAGGUUCCCGAGGGCUUUGGCCCAGUGCGUACCAUUGCCGAAGGAAAGGGCGACUCCCUCUUCGUGGGCACCACCCGGAACUCAGUGCUUCAGGGAUCCUUGGCGACCGGCUUUUCCCUGCUGGUGCAGGGACAUACGGAGGAGCUGUGGGGUCUGGCCACCCACCCUGCCGUGGACCAGUUCGUGACGUGUGGGCAAGACAAGCAGGUUCACCUGUGGAGCGUGGCCACUCACCAGCCCCUGUGGAGCAAGGGCAUUGAGGAUGCGGCACGCUCGGCUGGCUUCCACCCCACUGGCUCGGUGCUGGUGGUGGGCACGGUGACUGGCCGGUGGCUGGUGCUGGACACAGAGACCCGAGACUUGGUGACCAUCCACACCGACGGAGCGGAGCAGAUCUCCGUUGUCAGCUUCUCCCCAGAUGGCAAAUACUUGGCCCUGGGUUCCCACGAUAAUUUUGUCUACAUUUAUGCCGUGUCGGAAGGCGGCAGGAAGUACGGGCGCGUUGGCAGGUGCUCGGGUCACUCCAGUUUCAUCACUCAUCUCGACUGGGCCUUCGACAGCAGCUGUUUGGUUACCAAUUCUGGGGACUACGAAAUCCUGUACUGGGACCCCUCCACUUGCCGGCAAGUCACCAGUGCUGAGGCCGUGCGCAACAUUGAGUGGGCCACCGCCACCUGCGUGUUGGGCUUUGGGGUUUUUGGGAUCUGGCCGGAGGGCGCAGACGGUACAGACAUCAACGCGGUGUGCCGCUCGCAUGACGGGAAGCUCCUGGCAUCUGCCGACGACUUUGGCAAAGUGCACUUGUUCUCGUACCCCUGCUGCCAGCCUCGGGCCCCAAGCCACACCUACAGUGGCCACAGCAGCCACGUGACCAACAUUGCCUUCCUCCACGACGACAGCCUGCUCUUCUCCACCGGCGGGACCGACACCAGCGUACUCCAGUGGCGCCUGGCCUAG